AUGGAGGUGCUGGCGCUGUGGGCGCUGCUGGCGGCGCUGGUCCUGCAGGGCCGGGGGGCUGCCCCGCUGGGCCUCUCCAGCCGCAGGGGGCAGACAGGCGGGAACCUCAGCUGCUUCCGCUGCUUCAAAGCGAAGUCCGCGGCGCAGUGCCGGCCCGCCCUGUGCGCCCGCACGGACCGCGUGUGCCUGGCCCACACGCUCACGCUCCGGCUCAGCCUGGCCAGGGGAGCCCGGCCCCGGACUGCGCCCCCUGCGGGCGGCCGGGCCUCCGGGGCAGCCGCGCUGUGCUCUCUCCGCAGAGUCCAAGGUGUGGCUCAUGCUGAGCAAGCGCUGCGCCCCGCGGUGCCCCAACGCCAACAUGGCCUUCGAGUGGCUGUCGGAGCCCUGGCUGUGGCAGCGGGUGCACAGGCAGUGCUGCAACGUGAGCUUCUGCAACGCGGCGCCCGCCCGCGGCCCCGGGGCCCAGCGCUGCUGCUCCUGCUGGGCCUCGGCCUCCUCGCCGCCUCCCCGUGA